AUACACAAGAGAGGAACCAUUGGAUGAUACUUUGGAACAAAAUAGAACAUGCCAGUCCAUACCAUUAACUGGGUUAAGUUUAGAGGAUAUGAGGAAAAAACUGGAUAAUAUUAAGGCUCCUGUUACUGUGAAGAUCACGUACAAUAUACAUCACUGUGUUUGCCAGCAGAGCAGAAACAUUAUAAGAAUAUCUGACAAAUUCAGUUGCUGAACAAGACCAUGUCUGAGAAGACUGAGAACCAAACCUCAGACCUUCCUGAUGCACAAGGAGGGCGUCUAGAGGAAAACCCGGGCACUAUGCUAUUAAAUGUGAAGGAAGAGGAUGAGACAGAUGACAUGAAUAGUCAUCAGACUGAAAUACAUUGCUCCUACCCUGCCGAUGAAGAUAACACUGAUAUAGUGAAAGUUGAGAUAACAGAAGAUCUGUGUGUGAGGCAUCAGCUGGAAGCACCAGAUGAGGAAACCAGUGACAGCAUCAGCCCAGGCCGUAUGGAUGUGACACCUUCAGAUGGCUCAGAGGUUGAGUACGGAAGAGAACCGUAUGUGUUUGAUAACGUGAAGACUGAGGAGGAUGAAGUUCCUAUAAAUAUGGCUACAGGUGAUAUUAAGACUGUUACACUUAAUGCUGAACAGACUAUUGAUCUGGAAGCUCUGAAGCAGGAAAUGAGUGACAAUAUCAGUACAGGUGAAUUUACAACUUGCAGUAAUCCUAGUCCUAGCAAUGGUGAAGACACAGAUACUUGUUUCAAUCUUAUUCAAAAUCAAAGAAGCAACGUGGGAAAUGUAUGUUCUGAAUGUGGGAAAUGUUUUACGCGGAAUUCAAAUCGUUUAAGACAUCAGAGACUUCAUACAGGAGAGAAAGCAUUUUCAUGUUCUGAAUGUGGGAAAUGUUUUGCUCUGAAAUCGCAUCUUAUUAGACAUCAGAAAAUCCAUACAGGAGAGAGAGAAUUUUUGUGUUCUAAAUGUGGGAAAUGUUUCGUUCAGGAAUCACAUCUUAUUAGACAUCAGGAAAUUCAUACAGGAGAGAAAGCAUGUUCUGAAUUUGGGAACUGUUUUGCUCUACAAUCAACUCUUAUGAGACAUCAGAAAAUUUAUAGAGGAGAGAAAGCAUUUUCAUGUUCUGAAUGUGGGAAAUGUUUUGCUCUACAAUCAACUCUUAUGAGACAUCAGAAAAUUCAUACAGGGGAGAAUGCAUUUUCAUGUUCUGAAUGUGGAAAAUGUUUUACUGAGAAAUCAACGCUUAAUACACAUCAGAAAAGUCAUACAGGAGAGAAAGCAUUUUCAUGUUCUGAAUGUGGGAAGUGUUUUACCUGGAAUUCAAGUUGUUUAAGACAUCAGAGACUUCAUACAGGAGAGAAAGCAUUUUCAUGUUCUGAAUGUGGGAAAUGGUUUACUCUGAAAUCACAUCUUAUUACACAUCAGAAAAUUCAUUCAGGGGAGAAAGCAUUUUCAUGUUCUGAAUGUGGGAAGUGUUUUACUCAGAAAGCAACUCUUAUAAGACAUCAGAAAAUUCAUACAGUAGAGAAAGCAUGAAUGUGGAAAAUGUUUUACCAGCAAAGAAAAUUUUGUUACUCAUCAAAAACUUCAUACAGGAGAGAAAGAAUUUCCAUAUUCUGAAUGUGGAAAAAGUUUUACUCAGAAGUUACAAUACGCAUCAAAAAAAUCAUAUGGGAGAGAAAGCAUUGUCAUGUUUUGCAUAGGGCAAACCCUACAUUAAUAUCAAAAGUACAAGAGCCUUCCAAAAGCCCAUGUUUGGUUUAGAAUA